CUCAUUGCACAUGACUGAAUGGCUGCAUGCAAGACAGCAGGUCGCUUCACUAGGUCAAGGCCUGUGGUGCAGGUCAUGUAAAGUAAGGUUAGCUAGUUUUUUAAUGUCGAGUCACUUCACCAGAGAACUUUGGCUUCAGUAUAUGUCUUCCAUCUUGUCAGAAGAACACAGUAUACAAACAGCUUUAGCUGUGUUUAAAAAGCAGUUUGUAUUGUCUUUUCCCAAUGGAAGGCGAACAUUUAGGCGACAACGAGUCCCCUGGCGAAAUUGUAGAAGUGGACGGAGUCGUGUUCCCAAAAAAUUUCGAAUCAAAUCGCCCAAUGAAGGAACACAUCGACCGCAUCCGGGCACUUGAUGUCCGCGAUGACGAUGUCUUCAUAUGUGCAUUUGCCAAGUCAGGUACCCACUGGACGUGGGAAGUAGUCAACAUGUUGUUGUCUGGCAAGGCUGAGUAUCAAAAGCAGAAGAAGGAGACGAUGAUGCUGGAGGUGACGGAGGUGGAGACCAUCGAGGCCCUCCCGUCCCCGAGGGUUUUAAACUCUCACCUGCCGGCCAGAAUGCUGCCCCGCCAGCUCCAGGACAAAAAAGGAAGGAUCGUCUUCGUCUACAGGAACCCGAAGGAUAUCUUCAUAUCUAUGUACUUUCACUUUAAUCAAGCAUAUCCUGUGACACUUCAGAAUCUAGAGCAACUCUUCAUGACGGGGCGAACUGUAACUGGAGACUAUUUUCGUUACAUGAAGGAAAUGGACGAGUUUACUAAGAAGAAUCCCCAACUUAAGAUCCUGAAAAUAUCUUUUGAGGACAUGAAAGAGGACCCGGUGGCUGCAGUGGGAAGAUAUGCUGAGUUCCUUGGAGUUGCCGUGACACCGACAUUGUGCACUGAGAUUGCAGAUGCCUGUGGCUUCCAGAAGCUAAAGCAUUUCGGAGAGACAUACAAAGAGAGUUCAGAUUUUUAUAUUCGCACAAACAUGUCCACGGGGACGAUUUUUCGCAAAGGUGAGGUGGGCGACUGGAAGAACUACAUGACUGUGGCACAGAGCGAACGCUUUGACGCCGCCAUUCAGCAGCUGGACGGAUGCGACUUCCGCUUCCGCUAUCAACUGUAGUCACGUGACUUCAUCUCGGGAUCCCCAGAUGUA